UUUCUCUGUCCGCUGGCAAGCUUCCCCCCACCAUUAUGGUCUACCGGCCUGUUGAUAGCCAGCUUUCAGGCGACACAGAGCUCUUGUUUCGACCGGUGCUUCUUCUCUCUUGGCACUGCUAUUCCACCACAAGCCCCAUUUGGCUAUUCUAUUCCUCUUGGUACGGUUUCUUCAAGGCUCAGAUGAAACGCGGCCAGCUAUGAAACCAGACUUUCUGGCAGUCCCUUUGACAGCAGAUUAAUAUCAUGUAAAAGAUCAUGCCUUGCUCCACACCGUGAAAAGCCUACAGCCGCUGGUUUUUGUCGGGCAGACUUCUGUUUAAGAAACAGAGGGGAGUCCAAGCAUACUAGAUUGAGUUUCUUUCUGAGCCGGCCAUGUCUCCCUUCCUUCGGAUCGGAUUGUCCAACUACGACAGCGGGCCCUACCUGCCUUCCCAAGGAGAUGUGAUCGAUCCCUAUUGCGCCGUGAUGGUCAAAGAAGCCGUAGAGUCUGAGAAUGGCCAAGUUUAUGUCCAGAAGAAACCCACCAUGUACCCGCCAUGGAACAGCACCUUUGAUGCUCACAUUCGCAAGGGCCGCGUCAUGGACAUCAUUGUGAAGGAUAAGAGCGCAGAGAUGGUCUCGGAAACGACAGUGGAGCUCAACUCGGUGGCCGACAAGUGCAGGAAGAACAACGGGAAAACAGAAAUGUGGCUAGAACUGAAGCCCCAAGGCAGAAUGUUAAUGAAUGCAAAAUAUUUCCUGGAAACGUCUGAUGACCCAGACUUUAUCGACUGUGAAAAGGAAGGGUUCUUCUCCCUGCACCAGCGCAGAGGCGCCAUCAAGCAGGCCAAGAUCCACAACGUCAAAUGCCACGAGUUCACGGCCACCUUCUUCCCUCAGCCCACCUUCUGCUCGGUUUGCCACGAGUUCGUCUGGGGUCUUAACAAGCAAGGCUAUCAAUGCAGGCAAUGCAACGCUGCCAUCCACAAAAAGUGCAUUGAUAAAGUAAUAGCUAAAUGCACCGGCUCAGCCAUCAAUAGCAGAGAAACUAUGUUCCAUAAGGAGAGGUUUAAGAUCGACAUGCCUCACCGAUUUAAGGUUUACAACUACAAAAGCCCCACAUUCUGUGACCACUGUGGAACGCUGCUCUGGGGCCUCGCACGGCAGGGCUUAAAAUGUGAAGCCUGUGCGAUGAACGUCCACCACAAAUGCCAAACCAAAGUGGCAAACCUCUGCGGCGUCAACCAGAAGCUCAUGGCAGAAGCCUUGGCACUGAUAGAGAGCAGGCAGCAGGCUCGGAGUCUACGUGAGUCAGAGCGCAUCCUGAGAGAAGGACCGGUCGAAAUCAUCUUCCCUGACAAAGAGGCAUCAUCCACAUCUUCGGUGCCGGGGCCUCCAGUGGAGAAAAAAGAACCUCAAGGAAUUUCUUGGGAAUCUCCGGUGGGCGAAACGACGCGUCUCGAUUCUCCGGUGAAACGGGAACCUAGGGAGGACGUCCAGCCACAGCUGCCGAGACUAACGUUCGAUCAUUUUAUCUUGCACAAAAUGUUGGGGAAAGGAAGCUUUGGGAAGGUCUUCCUUGCUGAGCUGAAGACAACUAACCAGUUCUUUGCCAUGAAAGCACUUAAGAAAGAGGUGGUGCUGAUGGAUGAUGAUGUUGAAUGCACCAUGGUGGAAAAACGUGUCCUCUCACUGGCUUGGGGGCACCCCUUCCUCACACAUGUCUUUUGCACAUUCCAAACCAAGGUAAGGAAAAUCUUGUCGUAUCGCAUAUUGUGCUACAAUUUCCUCUGUGCCCUCUGAGCUUGGUGGCAAGAUUUAGCAGCUAGGAGAGAAAGAGAACAAUACAGCGUCACCAGCUGUCCUUGUGGUCGGGCAAAAUAUUGGAAGGCAGUUUGGUCUUCAGGGAGCCAUUGAAAGCUGUUGACUUUACAAAAGACAUGCUCCUCCGUUUUUG